AUGGCGGAGAGCACGGCGGCGAUCCCCCUCCCCGAUACCGAAACUAACCCUAGCGCCGCCGGAAGCUGGACCGUCGUCUCAUCCCGGCGGCGCCGCCGCCGUCGCGGCGGUGGGCGGGGAGAGGACGCCGACGACAGCUCUCAUCCGUCACCCUCGGAGGCCCCAAAUGAAGCCCUAGCGCCCCUCCCGUGGUCGCCUGCCGACGGCGACGAGGAACCUGCGAGGAUCUCCAAGCUCCUCGGGAAGCUCCGCUCCACCAUGUCCAGGCUCGAGGCUUCGACAUUCUACCGCCGCUUUCUCUCACAGCUCCGCGAUGAGCCAGAGGUCCGAGAUAAUCUCCUCAAGAUAUCUCCGCUGCCGGAGCCGAUCCUGAUCGUGCUGUACGGCGUUGGAAGCAUCGAAUCCUACGAGCCUCCUCGCUUGCAGUUCUCUCUUGCACUGCUCCUGCGACGGGAGAUGGGGAGCUCCGCAGAUGCCGUCGAGGUGUUCGAUCCGGUGCUCUCGGCGGCGGAGUGUGCGGCGGUGGAGGCCCUCGGAUGCAGGGUAGCACGGCUCGACGAUCGCGGACGACGGCGUGUGGAUCGGCCGACGCUGUUCUACAUGCCGCACUGCGAGGCGGCCCUGUACGACAACCUUCUGGCGGCGAACUGGGGACAUCCCUCGUCCCUGAGAAGGAUGGUGGUGCUCGGAAACAGCUUCAGGGAGUACGGGAGGUUCGCGGAGGAGGCAUUGGGCGGGAGAGGAUCAGUUCACGCGGCGGAGAAAGCAAGGUAUGUCUUGCGAGCCAGGGAUUUCGUGGAAGAGAUCAGCGUUGCGGCGAAUCUGGGAUUGGACGAAGGUAACGACUCGAUGUUCAGGGCAUUCAAUGAAACGAGCUGGCAUUUCUUCUAUCCUGAUCGAUCUGAGUGGCAGAAGUCUGAAAGCUAG